AUGGAAACAAGAUCAAGAGAAACUACUCCUACAAAGGAUGAUUUGGAUUUUAUAGUUGAUGAUGGUUAUAGACAUGAUGUGGACCCAGUUUAUGACCCUAACGAUAAGUAUCUUGUAAGUGGAAAAGUGUUUAAAAAGUUAACACAAAAUGCUAAAAAACUUGGUGCUGAAUCGCUUGAUUAUUCAAAACGAAAAAAUAACAAAUACAUGGUUACACUUCCAAGUGGAAAAAAAGUUCAUUUUGGAUCGACAAAAUAUGCGGAUUAUCUUACUCACAAAGACAAAGAUAGAAGAGAUAAAUAUCUUUUUAGAGCUACAAAGAUUAAAAACAAACAAGGAGAAUUAACUUAUACUAAUCCUGAAUCAGCUAACUUCUGGUCCGUUAAUUUACUUUGGCCUAAAAAAAUUUAAAAGAAUAAAAAUAUAUAUAAUAAUAAAAUGAGUUUAAAUGGUAAUGUUAGUUUAACUAGUUCAUCUAAUGAUAUUGAUCCAGCUUGUAAAUAUUAUGUUAAUGAUAACGAUUAUGAUAAUUUUAAGAAAGAACUUAUAAAAGUUUUAGAAGAAGGAUUAAAAGAAAUUUCAGGAAGAUUAUUUUCUAUAGAAGUCAAAAUUGAAAAUGGGUUUAAGAAUUAAAAGAUUUUUUAAAAAUGAACCGCAAAAAAAUUUUAAAUGGUGGAAAGAAGUUCUAUAUUCAUACUAUUUUUAGUAAUUAUGCCGCUUCAAAGGACGGUGAAAUUUUAAAUGUAACAACUGGAAGAAUUUAAAAAAAAAAAUGAAUAAUAAUGGAUACUAUCAUUUUAGAGUCAAUGAUAAAAAAUUGAUUAAACCAAAGAAUUACCUUAUACACAGGUUUGAAUGGGAAUGUGUUAAAGGUGUUAUUCCAGAAGGAUUUGUCAUUGACCAUUUUGAUUCAGUUAAAACAAAUAAUAAAAUGGAAAAUUUACAAUUACUAACUGACUCAGAAAAUAUUAGAAAAGGAAAUAGUAAACCUAUUGUAUCAUUUAAAAUCAAAAAUAACAAACAAAAAAAUUAUGAAAGUAUUACUUCUGCUUCACUCGAAUUAGAUAUUUCCUUUUCAAUUAUUUCUAAUAUUUGUAGAAAAGUAAAGUAUUACAAAACAGUGAUUUCCAAAAAAGAUGGGGAUAGAUACACAUUUGAAUUUUUAGAAAAAAAUAUUUAAAGAUUAAAUUUUUAUAAUCAAAAUGCAGUUGUCAAGCUACGAAAAUCUUACCCAAGACAAUAUUAUCUUUAAAGAAGCCAAAGAAUUUAAAGUCAAAGAUAGCAAAAUUAAAUACAAACGUAUCCCAAUUGAAAUCAAAUAUUCGAAUGGAAAGAAAGGACCGCUUGUAAUCGAAACCCCUUUUCUUUUUAGCUUUGGUGUUAGUGAAAAGAAAAAUCAAGAAACAAAAAAGUUAGUAGGCUAUAGUAUCCCAGUAUGUCUUUGGGCUAAAGAUAGCGAACCAAAUGUCAAAGAAAAAGCAUUUUUUGAAUUUAUUAAUAACUUAACAUCUCUUUCUCAAAAAUAUUUAGAGAAUGAAUAUGGACCAGAUUUAGCUUCGUCUCUUACUUCACUGUUAUAUUACAAACAGGAAGAAUACACUGAUAAAAAAGGAAAGAAGAAAACAAGAAAUGACCCCUCAUCUGCUUCGGUUUUUUAUGCGAAACUUGUUUACUCAGAAAAAUCAAAGAAAAUUUUAUCUUUGUUUAAGGGAAAGGGAGGUAAAGAUUUAAAUCCUUUUAAAUAUAUCAAUCAGUACUGUAAUGUUAAAUUGGCUCUGAUAAUUGAAGGAAUCUUCAUAAGUAAAACUGUGACAUCUUUACAAAUAAAAGUUCAUGAGUGUUAUGUCAAACAACUCAAACCUAGAGAGUUUUUAAUAACAAUUGAAGAGGAAGAUGAAGAUAUUGAAGGUGAAGAGUUAACUGAUGAAGUAGUUGAAGACUUAAUUUUAUCUGAUAAAGAAGAAAACGAGUAA